AUGAUGACGGUCCUCCUUUUCCUCCUGCAGCUGGCCUCAUCAACCCCGACAACAUCUCCUGAAGAAAAUUUGGGGUCAUCACCUUCCUCUUGCAGCUCUAUUUCCCAGCUCAGAGACACCCCCGAGAUCAAGGUUGAGACCUGUUUCUCCAGCUGUCAAGGGAAAACUGAGAAAUGUGAGGUGGGGGAAAUCCAGAGGUACUGGAUCAAAUUUGAGAAUCAAACUCAAGAAAAGAUUGUGAAUGCAACCAUGGUGAAGGCUCUCUUCCAGACAAUCAACAUCACCAACACUCAGGACCUGUAUUUUUCACUGAUACCCCAUCAGGUGCCUGGGCUGAUCCUCGGGGCCGUGGAAGAGAGUCCUGACAGGGUCAGGAUCCCCAGGACGCUGCUUGAAACCCUGAGGGCCAACACGGAUCGAGUCCAAGUGGCCAUCUCGGUGUUUGACAUUGGGCGGGGCAAUCUGUUCAAGGGCCAGGCCUCUGCCAGUGGAGAUGGCACCAUGGUGCUGGAUAACCGGAUGGUGGGCAUCAGGGUGGGCAGGCAGCCCAUCACGGACCUGACGGAGCCAGUAGAAAUCACUUUCUCCCACAGAAAGCAGCCCCAGAAUUUGAGCCGCCGCUGCGUCUUCUGGAACCCCUCUCAAGGAAAGACUGGAAACUGGGACUCUCGUGGGUGUUCUUCCAAGCUCAGAGAUCUAGAAACCGUUUGCUUCUGUGAUCACUUGACCUUCUUCGCCCUCUUGCUGGAGCCAACGCUGGACAUUGCCACGGUGUGGGCGCUGACCCGCAUCUCCCAAGCUGGUUGUAGCACCUCCAUUAUCUUCUUGACUCUCACCAUCCUGCUGUACUUUACGCUGAGGUUUACCCGGAAGAAAUUCAAGCAAGAAGAUCCCCCAAAGAUCCACACGAGCCUCAGCAGUAGCCUCUGCCUCCUGAACGUGACUUUUCUCAUCGCCCUCGGGACAGGUGCCCCUCGGUCAGACAGGUGGUGCUGGGCACUGGGAGGCAUCUCCCAUUACUUCCUGCUCUCUUCUUUCACCUGGAUGGGCAUUGAGGCCUUUCACCUUUACCUGCUGGUCAUCAAGAUCUUCAAAACUUACUUCAGGCACUACUUCCUAAAGCUGUGCCUGGUGGGCUGGGGCAUUCCGGCCUUCGUUGUCUUCAUCACCGGGGUCACUGGGAGCUACGGGCGCUUCCUUAUCAAGAAUCAGAAAAACCAGACCACUCUAGAACUAUGCUGGAUAAAAAUAAGCCCUGCCUGGUAUAUCACUACCCAUGGCUACUUCUCCGUCAUCUUCUCCUUCAACUUGGUGAUCCUCUGCCUAGUGUCCUGGAAGAUCUUCAGCCUUCAGAGUUCUACAGCUGGCAAGGAGCGGAGCCAGGCCUGGAAGGGGGUUCUGACGGUGCUGGGCCUCUCCUGCCUCGUGGGGAGUACUUGGGCGCUGGUCUUCCUCACUCCUCUUGGCCCUGUCACUGCUUACAUCUUUACCCUGUUCAACUCCCUCCAAGGCAUCUUCAUCUUCUGCUGGUUCACCGCCCUGUACUUUCUGGGUAAAAAGGCUGAGACAUCUUCUUCUGCUACGGCCAAGGGGGACAAAGUCACCUCCAUGUCACGUGACUAG